AUGAUGAUGCUGUGGGCAUGGGCUGGAGUCCCACUCGGAGUUUAUAACAUCGCAGAAUAUUACAACAUUGCUCUGCGCAUACAGCCUCAGAUCCUCACCGUACUGAGUCUGGUAACGUGGAUCCAGUGCUACUACUACGAGAAGAGUUGGUCCGUUUUCCGCUCGCUCGCUGUAGUAGUGCCUGUAGCCUGCCUAAUGGGCGGCGUCCAAGUUGGCCUCAUUUUCGCCAUCAAGCAUGCAAAGGCAGAGGGUCUUCACUGGCCCAGUAUCCCCAUGGCAGUUGCUUCGGCCGCUCUACUCGCUGCUGGUGUCUUGAGACACUACUGGGAUGUCUACAUCCAUCGUACGGUUCGAGGUAUUUCCUUCAUUUUUGUAGGCAUCGAUGCUCUGGGCGACGUCUUUUCCUUGGUGUCAGUCGUCUUCCAGCCCAAGCUUGAUGUCCUGGGUUUGGUCAUCUAUGGCACUGAACUGAUGCUUUGGAUUGGAAUCUUCCUUUGCGGAGCUUAUUACAACCUCCCGUCCUGGUACGUUGCAAAGAAGGAGGAGGCGGAGAGCAACACGGGCGUAGGUGAGUCUGACGGAGGGGCGGAAGUCGCAUCUGGCAUCGCGCUUCACGCCCUGCCCUCCAGUACUUCAGUGUUCAGAACGCCAUCGAGUGAAAUUGAAGUCAUUCGACAGCGCAGUAUGAGCUCGGUACGUGGCGCCGGUCUGGAGCACUUGCCGCGCAGGGUGUAA